GAAGAAGAAGCGCCCCCUCGCGAGCUGAUCGAAGUGAAGAGUGAAUAUGGCCGACAUGAGCGAGAACUUUCACAGUCCGAAAAGAAGUAGGACUUUGCUUUCAGUUGACAUUUCCCAAGCCUAUAUUGAGGGCCAACAGCUUUCAAAUGAUGCAGGGCAACUAAGCAGCUGUGAAAUGUUCAAUGCUGGGGACUCUGGCUUUAGUGAACUUACAUCUCUAGCCAGCAGUGAAGACGAAAAUCUAACUAAUGAUCUUCCCUCUACCAGCUAUGCUUUGCCAGUAGUUCGAGGUGCUGAUGAUACGAUGGACAACAUAGAGAAAGAUGAUGAUUCUUCCUCAAACAGUGAUGUUUCAGACAUCAGUGGGUUGAGUGACCUGAGCAAUCAUGACUGGGAACCAUCAUCAGGAACUAUGUCUUGGGUACAACAACAGAUGCUUCUUGGAACAAACCCUCGUACCAUCUUGAAUGAGUUAGUGCCAAAUGAUGCUCAAAUCCCAACCCACCUUGAUGAUGUAACCCUUUGGAAGAUCAUCGUUAACAUCGUAAGUGAACCUCCAAGAAGGGAACGUCUACGCCACAUUAAUUCAAUAUCUGAUGCUGUCAGACUGCUUCGCAGCUGUAAAAAAAUUCUAGUUCUAACCGGAGCGGGGGUUUCUGUUUCUUGCGGCAUUCCCGACUUCCGUAGUCGUGAUGGUAUUUACGCCCGUUUGGCUGUAGACUUCCCUGACUUACCUGAUCCUCAGGCUAUGUUUGAUAUCCAUUACUUCCGAAAAGAUCCUCGACCAUUCUUUAAGUUUGCUCGCGACCUUUGGCCAGGACAGUUCACUCCUUCAAAAUGCCACAAGUUUAUUCGUUUGCUCGAGCGACAAAAUAAGCUUUUGCGCAACUACACACAGAACAUUGAUACGCUAGAGCAACAAGCAGAUAUCGAACGGGUUAUCCAAUGCCAUGGUUCCUUUGCUACUGCUACCUGCUUACGCUGCCAGCAUCGCGUCCCAUCAAAUGAGAUAGAAAAGGAUAUAAUGGAGCAACGCAUUCCGCUUUGUCCAAAAUGCUCGAACGCAUCAAAAGAUGAAGAAGAGGAGGCUAGCACAUCGUCAGCGGCGGGAUUAUCGGCGCAACCUAUCAUGAAGCCCGACAUCGUUUUCUUCGGUGAAGGCAUGCCCGACGAAUUCCACCAAGCCAUGGUCCUCGAUAAAGAAGAAUGUGACCUGAUAAUCGUGAUUGGGUCAUCGCUCAAAGUUCGGCCUGUCGCACUUAUCCCAUGCGCGCUUCCGAACCAUGUUCCGCAAAUUCUUAUCAACCGCGAGCCACUCCGCCACAUGGUUUUUGAUGUCGAGUUACUGGGAGAUUGCGAUAUCAUCGUCAACCAACUGUGUCAUUUGUUGGGUCCACAGUGGGAAGAUGGAAUUUGCUAUCGCGAGUCAUUAAAGGAGAUCAGUCGCUUGCCACCACGCCCGAUACCUUCUGUGGCCUUACCUGCACCUCUUUUUCCUAAAAGAGAUCAGGAAGACCCAUUGCGACGCGAUAGUGGUAUGUCGACUGGCAGCCUGGAAAUGGAAGCAACAGAGUCAAAUGAUGUGGAAGCGGUGACACAUGACAUGACCGGAUGGUGGGAACCACGAAUCAAAGUUAAUCUGGCUGAUCAACUGCCAGAGAACACGUACCUGGCUGUUCAACCGGGCCGAUACCUAUUUCCUGGCGCUGAACUCUUCUACGAUCCAGACGAGGAGGUCGAGUCAGAUUCAGACUCAUCCUCUGAUUCCAGCGAUUCGUCGGGUAUUGAUGGAGGUGAUUCAACUCAACCUUUCCAAGAGCAUGGAGUCAAAAGGAAGACGAUGGACUGACCUAUUCCGAAGCAACGACAAAGCUUCUGUUUUAACCAUUGUUAUGUUAACAAUAUGGAAUCUAUUUAAAAGCUCCAAGCGUGUGUACAUAGACGAAAUCUCUCGAUGCUAUUUAGUGUUUCCCUUUUUUUUUUUUUUUUUCUUAUUUCUUUUUUCUAUUUUUGUUUCAGGGGAUUUGUGGAAGGGGUGACUAGGUCUUUUUCUCUGAAAUUAUGGCAUGCAGUUCUAAAAUGUAUAGUGCAAUUAACCUCACCAAUCUUCAUGAAACAAUAGCUACUAUUCUUGCGAGUUGCAGGAAAUAAGCUAUGUCGGGUAUCGGGAGAUGUGAGCACUUUAUCUUCAAAUUGAAAAUUUCUCUUAAGUUACUUUGCAUCGGAUUGCUGAAGUUUGUUUGUCUCGUCUGUAAACUAUACUUAUUCACACAUUUUGCUAUUUCCAUCAAUUUAUUUGUAGCACAAAACAAACCCCACAAAAAAAAAACAACAAAAACGAUUUCUCCUUGAAUCAAAGGAAAAUAAACCAUGACUUUUUUUUCACACUAA